UUAGUGUUUGUUUAUGGGUGAUUUAUGGUUUGGAAGAUCACACAAUAUUUUUGCCGUAAAAAUUGUAAAAAUAACUAUUCCGAAUUCAGAGGACCAAUUGUUUAGUUUAAUGGGAAAUUCGCAAAACAAAAGCAGUCAGCAUAGAGGCAACAAGGAAUCUGCGCACACAGAUCGCGAAGGGCCGUUUACAAGUCAGUUCAGUUUAUCGCAUUUCGUCGGGAACCUCAGCGGACGCUCGUUCGUGAGCGUGACCAGUAACCAGUCCGUGUACAGCGCAUCUCGGCCUUGGUCUCGGGUGUCUCGUAGAAGGUGGAAUGACUCAACUCUAAAAAAUCCCCUAGAAGCCAGCAAGACAGCGUGGCCGGUCGCUCACAAAGAAUCGAUCUUCCUGCCUGAAUUCCCCAUCACCGCUGACCUCUUACAGAAGGACUUUCAAUUUGAGGACACAAUCGCAAAGGGCGCCUUCGGAAAAGUAUACAAAGUAACAAAACUUAGUGACAAUAAGGAGUAUGCACUGAAAGUCCUUAGUAAAGCACAGAUAGUAAAUGAAAACGCUGUGCGACAGGUGAAAGAAGAGGCGCGUAUACAAACCAUCUGCGGUCAUCAUUCCUUCAUAGCCAGGGCGGUCUCCCGUUGGCAGACUAAGAAAAGACUUUAUAUUGUUUCAGAAUACAUUCCUGGUGGAGAGCUGUUAGCGCUGCUAGAUAGUUACGGAAAGCUGCCCCUCGAUUUAGUGAAGAUUUUCGUUGCUGAGAUUGCCAUAGCUAUAGACUUCCUCCAUAACGCGGGCGUCAUCUACCGGGACUUGAAGCCUGAGAACAUACUGCUGGAUGCUGAUUACCACGUGCGCCUCAUAGACUUCGGGCUAUCCAAGUGGCUGUCCAUCGGCUCCCGAACGUCUACCCUCUGCGGCACGCUGAAGUAUAUGGCACCUGAAGUCCUGGGCAGGGAGCCCUACGGGCACGCGGUGGACUGGUGGUCUUUGGGGGUCAUCGCCUGUCGCAUGCUGACAAAUGAGUACCCGGUGCCUGCGGUGAUUCCAAGAGCAACGGCCGAUUCUGGCGAAGCUGGUGAAACUUCUGCAAGGCAUAAUGAAGCUUGUGAAAACUCCGGCCAGAAACCUGGCAAACUGCCAGAAAGUGCCGAGGAUCUACCAAAUCCAGCGAGGAGUCUGUUGAUGCGGCUCCUAGAGCGUGACCCGAGAGUUCGCAUGAGAAAUUUGAGGCAGCUCCAGCAAUCAGCCUUUUACAUGGGCUUUAACUUUGAGCACGUUAAAGCUAAAAAGGUCAAUCCAAAGUCUUUGCUUGAUAACUACUAUCCAGAGGGACCUCAAAUUGCGUCAACGAAUCAAGAUAAAAUCAAUGACAGUGUGUUAGCUUCGUUCGAUCAAUAAUCUUAAACAUAGUGAAUAAGAAAGUUUUAAAAAAGAUGUAGGAGACCGAGUGUAAUUCAAAUACGUAGAACAAAUACUUUCGAUUAGAGCGCUUCAAAAAUAAUGCUUUCAUUAUUCUCAUAAAUACUCUAACAUUAUUGUUAUGGUGCUCGUAUAUGUAAUAUGGAGGCCUAAGAUUAUAUUUAAUAUAAUCUUAAAGUUACCUUUAUUUAUAGAUUAUUAACCAGUGCCAUUAACGAAAAGUCGUAUUUAAACUUUGACAUUCCUCUAUAGUAAAGUUACUUACCUAUUAGGAAAAUAAUGUAGUCUUAUCUAAAUACAAUUAGAAAAUCUACUUUCUUCUUCAGUAGAAGAUUAUAAUAGGUUGCUCCUAUCCUAAAACGAUUACGCAGAUACGCGGAGUAUAAUACUAGUGGGAAUAAAUUACAUUCCUUAGCUUUAAAUAUUGAAUCUCAGACAAAAACACAGAAUAUGGAAUAGGUUGACCAAAACUUAAGUAGUAAGUAUAAAACUUUAAAUAUCGUAGUUCAGUAUUUUUCCUAAAAAGUAUAAAGGUUCCUUAAAACUUUUACAGGAAAUCCUAAGUUUACCACCAGUCCCAUAAAAUAUCCUGGGACUGUAUACCUUUAAACCAAGUUUAUUAUUGACUUUGAAAUUAUUGUUCUUUUUAUGUGUUCUUGAUUAUUUUUGAAUAUGAGCAAUAUUAAAUAAAUCAUAUUCUGUAA